AUGGGUUUAUCUUCUUUGCACGUCUGCAUGGAUUCAUCAGAUCAUUGGUUGCAGGGCACAAUUCACGAGGAGUCUGGAAUGGAUUCUUCUUCUUCACCCUCUGGGGACAUGCUUACAUGCUCAAGGCCCAUGAUAGAGAGGAGGCUAAGACCCCCACAUGACCAAGCUCUAAAGUGCCCCAGGUGUGACUCAACCCACACCAAGUUCUGCUACUACAACAACUACAGUCUCUCUCAGCCAAGGUACUUUUGCAAGACCUGCAGAAGGUACUGGACUAAAGGAGGCACUCUAAGGAACAUUCCUGUUGGUGGAGGCUGCAGAAAGAACAAAAAAGUCUCUGCCAAAAAAUCCAACGACCAUCAAUUAGUUAACAAUCAAAUUAGCCAAACACAGCCCCCACCUUCCUCCUACCAUCACAACUCCAAAGACCUUCAACUCUCUUUCCCAGAUGUACAAUUUUCCCACCUCAGCAACUUGCUUGGGACCAAUGCAGGGGCACUGGGAAACCCUAGCUUCAUGGAGGGCAAGUAUGGUAUUGGCAUGAUUGAGAACCCAAGGCCAAUUGACUUCAUGAUGGAGAGCAAGCUGGAAGGCAUAAUUGGCAAUGGUAGUUCUAGGAAUUUUGAUUUUUUUGGAAAUAGUGAUAUGGGUAUGGGUGUUGGGCUAGGUGAUAUGAAUGGUACUACUCAAAGUGGGUUGCCACCAAAUUUUCAUGGUCUUUGCUCCCCAGCCUUUGGUGGCAUGUCUAUGUCCCUUGAUGGCAACAAUACUAGCAAUGGUACAAGUAACUACUUAAUGGACUCUUGCCAGCGCUUGAUGCUGCCAUAUGAUGCCAAUGAGGACCAUAAUGCCUCAAUUGAUGUGAAGCCAAACCCUAAACAACUAUUGUCCCUCGAAUGGCAAGACCAGGGUUGCUCUGAUGCAGGAAAAGACUCAUUUGGGUAUCUCAACGGUCCAGGAUCAUGGACUGGCAUGAUGAACGGCUAUGGAUCUUCCACCACAAACCCUUUGGUCUAA